AUGUUUGCUCUUUUUUUUUAAAUAUAUAAAUAAAAAAUGAAAAAAAUUGAAGGCACUUUUGAAAAAUAAAAGUAAUACCAAUAAAAGUUAGAAAAUAUUAAAGAAUUAUGUUAAGAAGCAUCAAAAAAAAUAAGAUAAGGUUUAUUAGAAGGUAGUUCAAUAAAAAUAGCAAAUUAAGACAUAAUGAAUAUUUAUGAGUAUAGAGUUUUUAAUUAAUAAGUAAUAUAUAUAAUUUGACAAGUGAAGCUGGAAAAGCUCAAGCAUAAAAAAAUAUGACUAAAAAUCAGAAUAAUAAUAAAGGUGAUAAAGUGGAAGAAUAAUUGAUAUAAUUUUUUAAAGAUUUUUUGAAUGAAUUCAUUGUUGAUAUUAAUGAAAAGGUUAAUGAAUUUCUAGGAGAGAAAGAGAGUGUAAACAAUAUAUAAUGAUAUAAUAAGGUACUUUAAAUUGUUUCUAAAACAUAUCAUGAUUACAAAGCUUAUUCAUAUUGGCUUUAUAAAAUGUUCUAUUAUUUAGAUAAGUUUGUAAUACCAUUUAUAGGAGCAACUUUAUGCAGCACAUCUUUGAAAUUAUUGAAAGAGAGAUAUUUUGAUAAGUGCAAUAAAUUAAUAUUGAAUACAAUCUUAUAAUUUAUUUAUGAAACAAGAAAGAGUGGAAUUUUAUUGAAUAAAUAAAUAAAAUAACUAGUUCAGUUAAUAUUUGUGAUGGGUUAUAAAGAAGUAGAAUUAAAGUUUUUAAAAGAUAUUGGAGAAUAUGAUUAUAUAUGCAAAAAGCCAGAAGACGCAUAGAGAUUCUAUAAUGAAUAAUUUUAAUAAUAUCUUUUAAAGGAAGUAAAUAAGUUAAAUAAUAAAUAAAAGACAUAAAAAUUCUAUAAAGAUGAGAUUGAUGAUAGAUAAAAGUUUACAACUCCAGAGUUUAUAAAUUGGGGAAACUCAAUUUUUAUAUUAGAGAUGGAUAUGUGUAUAGAAUGUUAUCCAAAGAGUAGAUAAGCGAUAGAGAAUAAAUUAAAAAUGAUGUUAGUUAAAGAUUAAGCAGCUAGAUUGAGUAAUUCAACAACAGGAGUAGGUUAUAUGUUAUAGUAUGACAGAACUGAUGAAUUAAGAUAAUUAUUUUAGUUUAUACUUAAAACAAAGGAAUGCAUAAUUCAUAUUGCAAAGGCUUACUAAAGUUAUUUUGAAUAAUAAGGUUUAAUAAUUAAUAAUUCAAUUGAGUAAGAACAAUAACAAUAAAAAGAUGGUCGUUAACUACGUAAUUUAAAUAUUAUAUUAUAGAUGAGGCUGAAUUAUAUUUUACUAGAAUAGGGAAUAUUAUGAAUAAAGCAUAAAACAUAUUGAAAAAUUAAUUAUAAGAUGAACCAGAAAUAUAAAAAUCUUAUAGUGGAGCAUUUAUGUUUGUAAUAAAUAAAAAUGAGAAAUCACCAUUAUGGUUAGCCAUUUACGCUGAUAUUGUAAUUAGAAAUCAAAAAGGAGUUAAUGAAAUGGAAACUGAAAAGAAGUUUAGCAAAAUAGUUUCUCUAUUUUAAUUGCUUUAUUAACGUGAUGUAUUCUUUAAACAUUAUUAAAAAUUCUUAUCCAAUAGAUUACUUAAUAAAUAGAUUUAAAAUUUGUAAUUAGAAAAAUAAUUACUAUAAAAAUUCAAAGGAGAAACUGGAACUAAUGUGCUGUAAGAUAUCAAACUAAGCUUAGAACAUAAUUGUCCAGCAUGAUUAAUGAUAUUGAAUAAUCAAAUAGAUUAGUUAUUGAUUAGUCAAUCAACAAAGACAUAAAAUUUGAAUUUAAUGUUUAUUUAUUAUCUCAAGGUUGUUGGCCAUUUAAUGUUAUUUAAGAUAAUAUCAAUAAACCAUUAUUAAUUUCAAAUAUUUUGAAGUAAUCUACUUAUACCAUUUAGAAAUUAUGAAGAUCUAUAUCUAUAAAGACAUAAUGGUAGAAUACUUACUUGGUGUUUUAAUUUGGGUUAAGGAGAAUUAGUAUAUAAAAUAUAGAUGGAAAAGUAUUACUUAAAUGUAAAUACAAUGUAAAUGAUUGCUUUCCUAUAAUUUAAUCAAUCUGAUUCAUUUUCAAUUAAAAAUAUAUUAGAAUUAACCAAUAUAGAUAAAAUUGAUUUAGAAAAUUCAUUAAUUCCUUUUGUUUGUCUAAAAAUUAUAACAAGGGAAAAAUAAGAUAUUGAUGAUUUUUCAGAUGAAAAUGAAAUACUUAAAUUAAACCAAAAUUUUAAUAACAGAGCCAAAAAAUUGAAAAUGUUGCCAAAUUAAAAAAUGCAACCUCAAAGAGCUGUAAGAGUGUUAGAUAACAUUCUUAGAGUAAAGUCAAGGAAUAAAAUUAAGAAGAAAUUCAAUAGACAGAAUAAAUUAACAAAUAAAGAGAGUUUGUUGUUGAUUCUUAAUUAGUUAGACUAAUGAAAUCAAAAAAGACUGUUAAACAUCAUGAACUACUUGAAAAUUGUUAAUGUAUGAUAUCAAUAUUUAAACCUGAUAUACUUUUUAUUAAAAAGAGAAUUGAAAAUUUAAUAGAAAGAGAAUAUAUUAGAAGAGAUGAAAAAGAUUGGUAAAUAUCGAUCAUAUUAUAGGAAUAUUUAUCAUUAUUUGAAUUGA